GUCCGAGAGACAUCGAACGCGGGGUACGUUAGGGGGUUUUGCGGAGUUGUGGACCGUGUGUCGGAAUUGGUGCUUGGAUUUUAGUCAAUUGUUUUUUCUUGGAAUAGUUGAAGCAUUCAAGGUGGUAAUUAGUGGCUUAAGGACCAAAUAGCAGGAAAUUGGAAAUUGUAUUUAUUAAAGUUAAUUGAGCAAUUGCAUACAGUAAAAAUGACAGAUGGCAGAGUCUGUGAAACUCCAGCAUGCAAUAAAAGUGCAAGUCUACAGUGUCCCACAUGUUUGAAGAAUAACUUACCACCUACAUUUUUCUGCUCUCAGGAAUGCUUCAAAUCCAGCUGGAAGGAUCACAAGGCCGUCCACAAAAAGGCCGAGAAGAGGGACAGUGACCGGUACAACCCGUGGCCCAAGUACUUUUUCACAGGUGCGCUGCGCCCGUUCCCGGUCAGCCCCAAGAGAGAGGUGCCGGAGAGCAUACCCCGCACAGACUACGCCGACCACCCGAAAGGUGUUCCGAUCUCGGAGCAGAAGGUGCGCGGCUCGGCCUACAUCAAGCCUCUGGAUGAUGAGGAGGUCGAGGGUAUGCGCGUGGCCUGCCGACUGGGCCGAGAGGUGCUGGAGGAGGCGGCCGCCGCCGUCAGCGUGGGCACCACCACCGACCACAUCGACCGCAUCGUCCACGAGGCCUGCAUAGAGAGGGAGUGCUACCCGUCGCCGCUCAACUACUACCAGUUCCCCAAGAGCUGCUGCACCUCUGUCAACGAGGUCAUCUGCCACGGGAUACCGGACGCGCGGCCGCUCCAGUCGGGAGACAUCUGCAACGUGGACGUUACCGUCUACCACCGCGGCUUCCACGGCGACCUGAACGAAACGUACCUGGUGGGCGAGGUGAGCGCAGAGGCGCGCGACCUGGUCACCGUCACCUGGCAGUGCCUCCAGAAGGCCAUCGACAUCGUGCGGCCCGGCGAGAAGUACCGUGAGAUCGGUAACGUGGUACAGAAGCACGCCUCGGAGCGCGGCUACUCUGUGGUGCGCUCCUACUGCGGCCACGGCAUCCACCGGCUCUUCCACUGCAGCCCCAACGUGCCCCACUACGCCCGGAACAAGGCAGCAGGCGUGAUGCGGCCCGGGCACUGCUUCACCAUAGAGCCCAUGAUAUCGCAGGGGACGUGGCGCGACGAGCAGUGGCCCGAUAACUGGACGGCCGUCACCGCCGACGGAAAGCUGUCGGCCCAGUUCGAGCACACACUGCUGGUCACAGAGACCGGAGUGGACGUACUCACCAAGCGGGAAGGCACCACGCUGCCGCGCUUCCUGGACUCGUCCUCGUGAUGGCCGGCCGCCCGGCGCCCCGCCCCGCCCGCCGCGGGCUCCCCUGCUGUGCCGUGUUAUCAAUAAAUUGUGCCGCUGAGCCGGCGUGUCCCUGUCCCGCCGCGCGGGCUGAACCCACACCGGGAUGUGAAUCGUCGGCACCCCGGGUCAGAACAGCCCGCCGCGUGACUAGUGAAUACAAUGUGUAACUCGCGCUAACAUAAUGUCUAAGCCUGA